AUGUAUAAUAAAUCUGAAGUUAAAUCUGCCACCGGCAUCUCCGAGAAUCCGCAGAAGAAAUCUGCUAGAUCGGAUAACCUAUACGCGUCUCCGUCGUUCGUCGGCAAAUUUCGAAAGUUCACUGAGAGGAAGCAGAAAUCUCAGUUCUCGAAAAGCUCGUCAAACUCUGAACCCCCGGUGAAAAACAAACUUUCGAAUGAUAGGAGAUUAACGUCGAACCUUCCGAAAGACGCUGCUGCGCAUUUUGGCAAUUUCUACGGGAUUCAAGCAAGUGCGAAUAAACCUCAACCCGGUAGAGUAAAAAGUUUCCUGGAAUCCACCGCCUCGUCUUACAAAACAACGCCGAGACUGGAAUUCACCAGGCAGAUGGUUCAGAAACUGGAACGAACAGCUGGCACGGCGGAAUACGCGCGACAAGUGUCAGCCUUAUUAGAGGAGACGGUUGAACCGGCGCAUUUCAAACUGCAUUCACUGCCGGCCGAGAAUUCGAUUCCCGAUGGGAGAUACAAUCCCACGGGAUUCCCUCUCUGGUACAAGGAACCUUAUAAGAUGCCGUUCCGAGCAGACGAACUUUACAAACUUCUUAAGGAGAAAUUUGAUAACGUGGAUAAAAGGGCGAAGGAAAUAUUCGACGAAGAUUCUUCGGAGAAGAAUUCGUGGGAAGAUUUGAGUGAAUACGAUCAAGAAGAACAGGACGAGGAAUGUGAACAUUUAUUAGGAAAGGAAAAGCCUUCGUUCAAUUCGUCGUUAAACGAAUCCUCCUCUACUACCGAGGCGAAAGAUACAGAUUCGAAGGAAAGCAACGAACCCAUUAGUGAUAAAUCGUAA